AUGCCUGACCUCUGGCCGUCAUGCCUGCUGCAAGUGAAGAAUGGACAGCUGCUCUUGCUGUCCCCGCUUUCUGGGAACUACGGCGCCGGCACGGCGCAGUUCCGCCAGUUUGUUCGUAUGCUACAAGCAAAAGGCAUCGACCUAAGCCAUGUCCAGCUGAGCAAGAAUUUGACCAUUCUCGGCGCGCUGGAGAAGAAUAGGCGCUUGAAGAAGCGCAUCAAGGUGGGCGGGAAGGAGAAGACCGAGCGCAGAGGGAAACAUGUGGCAAAGGAGCAGGGCAGAGGGCACAUAGAGGACGGAAGGAAGACUCCGUUGCAUCUUCGCUUGAUCUAG